CAGCGACAGCGAGAGGUGGCGAAGAGGGAAGAUGCAGCGGCAAUUGGAGAGAGGCGAGGCGGCGACAAUGAUGAUUGAGUCUCUAGUCUCCUCUUCGUUUCUUCCCAGUGCAGCAGGAGCAAUCUGUAAUUGCUGGAGAAUCAUUGUCCCUGCUCAGGACUGGAAGGAGACGAAGAGGUAUAGAACAGCGUAGAUAGACUACCUAUAUGCUGGAGAAGAAGAGGAAGGAACAGGCAGCAAAAGAAGGGAAGGGGAGAGGAGAUGAACGAAAUAGGCGAAGAAACCCAGGAGAGACAGAGAGACUGCCAGAAUGGGCUUCUUGGAGAUGGAUAGAGUGCCCUCAAAUCAAUCAAAUCUAUUAUAAUGAUAUAUGUGUAUAUGUAUAUGUACUUUAUUUAAAUAAUAGAUAUGAUAGGUAGUCGAAUAAACUUUUAUCAAAACACAUGUGUGGCUCGGUUGGUUUGCGACCGCUCUCGCCUCACCUUAUUUUAGGGAACCACGCCCACUUUGAGACCCCCAGUCACCUAUAGUGCUUCGACCUUCGGACAACACUCUUUGUCUUCUCGCCUGGAUAGCAGAACCGGCCGGCGAUCGAAGAGAAAGCCAGCUUAAUGAGUUCACUUCUAUUGCCCCCAACCACCAUAGCAGGCGCAGCUUCACUGAACAACAGCCCAGCUUGGCCCGCUGUAUUGCCGCCCGCUCGAACCCACAUACCCGCCCAUGUCUACAGGCACCCUUCCGCCAUCCUCCUUGAGCUCUGCACCUCCAUGAAAGAACUCCGCCAAAUCCUCCCCUCCAUCAUCAAGCACGGCCUAUAUAAUGAGCACCUCUUCCGCACCAAGCUACUCGGCCUCCUCUGCAAAUUCGGCAGCCUGCGCGACGCCGCUCUGGUUUUCGACCGCACCGAGGACAAAGUCGACUCCCUUUACCACACCAUGCUCCGAGGCCACGCUCGGAACUCGUCUCUGGAAAAUGCUUUGUCCUUCUUCGUCCGAAUGAACCACGAUGGCGUUCGGCCCGUUGUUUACACCUUCACCUAUUUGUUGAAAGCUUGCGGAGAUAGUUCGAAUCUCAGAAAGGGUAAGGAGGUGCACGCUCAGUUAAUUGUUAAUGGGUUCGCGACGGAUUUGUUUGCGAUGGCUAGUGUUGUAAAUUUGUAUGCGAAAUGUAGGUUGGUCGAGGAGGCACGCAAGGUGUUCGACAGAAUGCCUGAGAGGGAUUUGGUCAGUUGGAACACCAUUAUUGCCGGGUACGCGCAGAAUGGAAUGGCAAAUAGAGCAUUGAAAUUGGUCACGACGAUGCAAGUAGGAGGCCAUAGGCCGGAUUCGGUCACGAUUGUUUCGGUUCUGCCAGCUUGUGCUGACAUUGGCUCCCAGAAGAUUGGGAAAUCCGUCCAUGGCUAUGUUUUCAGAGCUGGAUAUGAAUGUCAUGUGAAUGUGUUAACUGCUCUAGUUGAUGUCUACUCUAAAUGUGGGUGUGUGAGGGCUGCUAGGACGAUUUUCGACAACAUGAAAUGCAGGAAUGCAGUGUCUUGGAACUCGAUGAUUGAUGGACAUACACGAAAUGGAGAUUCGAAGGAAGCCUUGGCACUCUUCGACGUGAUGCUGGAUGAAGGGGUAGAACCGACUAACGUCACGAUUAUGGGAGCUUUACAUGCUUGCGGUGAUUUGGGUGACAUUAGCAAAGGCCAAUUCAUUCAUAAGUUGCUAAAUCAGUUGCAACUUUCUUCUGAUGUUUCAGUGAUGAACUCUUUGAUCUCAAUGUACUCCAAGUGUAAACGUAUUGAUAUGGCUUCUGAAAUAUUUGAGAACCUACAAGGUAAAACGCUCGUCUCCUGGAACGCUAUGAUAUUAGGCCAUGCACAAAAUGGGCGUGUGACCGAGGCUGUGAACCUUUUCUGCAAAAUGCACCAGCAAAACAUUAAGCCGGACUCAUUCACAAUGGUGAGUGUGAUCUCGGCUCUUGCUGAAUUAUCGGUUUUACGGAAGGCAAGGUGGAUCCACGGCCUUGUUAUAAGAACUUGCCUGAGGAACGUUUUUGUGAUGACCGCUCUUGUUGACAUGUAUGCAAAAUGUGGGGCGGUUAGUACUGCACGAAAGCUGUUUGACAUGAUGGAUGAGCGGCAUGUUACAACCUGGAAUGCGAUGAUAGAUGGUUAUGGCACACACGGGCUUGGAAGAGCUGCAGUAGAAUUGUUCAACGAAAUGAGGCAAGGGCCUAUAAAGCCGAAUGACAUAACAUUUCUGUGCAUCAUCUCGGCUUGCAGCCACUCGGGUCUUGUAGAAGAAGGCCGGAGCUAUUUCAGAAUCAUGAAGGAAACUUAUGGCCUGGACCCUUCAAUGGAUCAUUACGGAGCCAUGGUGGACCUGCUUGGUCGAUCGGGCCAUCUCAACGAGGCUUGGGACUUCAUCCAAGACAUGCCUGUCGAGCCCGCCAUAAACGUCUACGGGGCGAUGCUGGGUGCUUGCAAGAUCCACAAGAAUGUCGAUUAUGGGGAGAAGGCGGCCGGGAAACUAUUCGAAUUAGAUCCCGAGGAAGGGGGUUACCAUGUGUUGCUUGCUAACUUAUACGCCACGGCCUCUAUGUGGGACAAGGUGGCCAAAGUCAGGACCACCAUGGAGAAGAAGGGGCUUCAGAAAACCCCCGGCUGCAGCCUGGUGGAUCUGAGAAACGAAGUCCAUGCUUUUUACUCCGGCAGCACGAGCCACCCCCAGUCCCAAAAGAUAUACGCUUUUCUGGAACAGCUGAUCGAGAAGAUCAAGGCUGCUGGGUACGCGCACGACAACAACUCGAUCCACGACGUGGAACCGGGGGUUCAGGAGCAGCUGCUCAACAGCCAUAGCGAGAAGCUGGCAAUUGCAUUUGGACUGAUGAAUACCAGGCCGGGCACCACCAUUCACAUCAGGAAGAACCUGAGGGUGUGUGGCGAUUGCCAUAAUGCCACCAAGUUCAUUUCGCUGGUGACUGGACGGGAAAUCGUCGUGAGGGACAUGCACCGGUUCCACCAUUUCAGAGGUGGGGUGUGCUCUUGCGGAGAUUAUUGGUGAGAGAUGUCCUGUCUUCUUUGCUCGAUACAAGUAUAGAAUUUUUUAAUAAUAACGGGGAAAUUGGCUUGUAAAAUGUCGAUGAUAUUCAAAUUGUAUUGUACGGUUACUUUAUUCCUUUUGUUUUUCUAAUAAUAAUAAUAAAAGGCAUGAGAAUGAAUCAC